AUGGAAUUGCUGAGGAAGAUUUGGACUGAAGUUGGAAAACAGAAAACCAAAGAGAUUGUGCCAUUGAUUACUCGACCAUCCGCAGUGUUGUUUGAUGCAAUCGAAUCAGGAAACGAUGACGAAGUAAUAUGGUGUUUUAUGGAGAGUGUUGCAAUAUUCACAGCUUUAAAGGACUCUAAUGGACGAAACCUAAUGCAUUUGUUUCUUCUAUAUCGACGUUUGGACAUCUUUAAUUCGUUUAUAAAUGAUAAAAAACAAGAUUUAGUACGAGCAAUGGAUAAGGAAGGUAACAACGUCCUACACUUGGCUGCGCUUUUGCCCCUUGAAUUCAAAUCAUUCUCAGGUUUAAGUGCAAAAAUUCAAAUGCAAAGAGAGCUCGGUUGGUUCGAGGAUGCGGAGAGAAGUGUUCCUGAUGAAUUAAGGAGUAUGAGAAACAAGAAGGGAAAGACACCCAUUGAUGUAUUUUAUGACGAACACAAUCAGUUAUCUAAAGAUAUCAAAGAAUCUGCCAAAGGAAUAGCAGAUUCAGGGAUGGUAGUGGCAACACUUGUUGCAACUGUAGCAUUUGCAGCUGCUCUCACGGUUCCUGGUAAUAAGAACAGUGUCUGGUUCAUUGUCUUCAUCGUCACAAAUGCAAUCGCAUUGUUUACUUCUUCUGCAUCCAUACUCUCUUUCUUGUCAAAUUUCACUUCUUCAAGAUUCGCAAACACUGAAUUUGUCAUGUCACUACAUCCCAGCUUGACUUUUGGACCUGAGUUACUAAUCAUAUCUGUUGCUGCUAUGGUUGUGGCUUUCAUUGCAGCAUCCUUUCUGAUAUUUGAUCACACAACAAAAUGGGUUUCUUAUGCAGUGACUCCAAUGGGAUUUUUCCCAUUGCUUGUGUUUAUUGUCUUUCAAUCUAAGUUAUGCGACGACUCCUAUUGGUCUAAAUACUAUCGUCCCAAACUUCGGUAA